AUGGGUGGCCUUGGCAAAACAACUCUUGCCAAGAAAGUUUCCAACGACACCGAUGUUCAGCACGACUUUAGUUGCCGUGCUUGGGUUUAUGUAUCUCAAGAGUACAAUAUCCGGGAGCUUUUGCUCGGGAUCGCCAAUUGUGUCACGACUCUCACGGAUGAACAAAAACGUAAAAAUGAAAAUGAGUUGGGAGAAGAGGUUAAAAAAUGUCUCCAGGGAAAAAGGUACUUGAUAGUACUUGAUGAUGUAUGGUUCACCGACGUUUGGCAGAGCUUGAGCCAAUAUUUGCCUGAAGAAUUAAAUAAGAGCAGAGUGUUGAUCACUACUCGCAAUCAAGGAAUUGCUCUUUAUGCUCAUUCAGAUUGCCAUGAACUUCAAACUUUGGGUGAAAAGGAAAGCUGGGAGCUGUUUCUCAACAAAGUAGGGAGUGCAGCAGUACUGACAUGGCCAGGAUUGGAGGAAUUCAAAAAGGAGAUUGUAGCAAAAUGCAAAGGUUUACCUCUUACAAUUGUGGUGCUUGGAGGACUUUUAUCACUGAAAGAUCUGACACGAGACUCAUGGCUGAAAGUGCUUAAAAGCAUGGAUUGGCAUCUAAGUCAAGGACCCGACUCCUGUUUGGGGAUUCUUGCACUGAGCUAUAACGACUUACCCUCUUACUUGAAGCCCUGCUUUCUUUACUGUGGGGUUUUUCCGGAGGACUCAGAAAUCAAAGCAAGUAAGUUGAUUCGCUUGUGGGUUGCUGAAGGAUUUGUACAAAAAAGGGGAAAAGAAACGCUGGAAGACAUUGCAGAAGACUAUCUAUACGAGUUGAUUCAGAGAAGCAUGAUUCAGGUGGCUGAUACGAGAGCCGAUGGAAGGGUGAAGUCUUGCCGUAUACACGACCUGCUUCGAGAUCUAGCCAUUUCAGAAGCUAAAGAAGAAAAACUUUUUGAGGUAGAUGAAAACAUUGAUGUGGACGUGCCUCCUACUAGUGUUCGUCGACUCUCUAUUUAUCAGAACAUCUCUCCGCAUUUGCAAAAUUCUAAUCUCCGAUCUUUGAUCCUCAAUAAAUCCAUUGAUGAAGGAGAUGAGUUGAAGGAGGGGUCGUUCCGAUCUAUAGCCCAAUUAACUGGGCUGCAAAAGCUGAAGUUGGUUACUGAUAAUUUUAUAGAAAGCGAGGGAUUGCCAACAUCAAAUGCUGAAGUUGAAUCUACAAUAAUUCUAUUCCCAGGUCUGGAGUGCCUCUACAAAUUGCAUCUAGCUGGAACCAUCCGAAAACUACCCAUGGAAACAACACUCUAUCCUCCGAAUCUCAAGCAACUCAGACUGUUUGAGACUAAAAUGGAGGAAGAUCCAAUGCCAAUACUAGGGAGGCUGCCAAACUUGAGGAUUCUCAUAUUAGUAUAUGAUUCUUAUUUGGGUAAGGGAAUGAAUUGUCCUCAUGGAGGGUUCCUUCGACUUGAAUUCCUACAAAUGCAGUUGUUGGAGAAUCUAGAAGACUUGUCAGUGGAGGAAGGAGCAAUGCCUAAUCUGAAGACAUUGAAAAUUGAGUAUUGUGACAAAAUGAGGAAGUUCCCACAUGGAUUAUUGCAGCUGAAAAAGCUCCAAAGACUAAACCUCUAUCUGGUAUCCCAAAAAUUGGUGAGCGAGGUUUUAGAGACACAAGGAGAAGAUUGGAAUAGGAUCCAUCGUAUAAUCACCUCCCAGGUACCUCGCUGUAGCCUUCUAUAA